CCUGAAGUGAUGGCAGGUAUCAGCUGCUCCAGCAUGUGGUGGAGGUUCAGAGGAGAGCUGCUGCUCUUCUGGAUCAUCAUAACAGUCCCGUCAUCUCUGCUGCAGCCUCCGCUUCCUCUCUCCCUCCCAGUCCAGAUGUCAGUCAUUCCUCCUCCCUGGCAGUUCCUUCCUUUGUUCCAGGUGGAGCCGGGCCCUCUUUUCUCCAACUGCAGUCCCUUCUCCUUCUCCCAGAGUGUUUUCCUGCUGCCUCCGCCCGGUCAGGCCCACAGACCUGGCCUCCAGGCUUCAUUUGGACCUUAUUCAGUUACACAGCUCAUAUCAGAGCCUCUGCUUCACAGUUUUCCCACUGUGUACUCUUCCCUCCUCUCUGAGGAUGUGGAGAGAGAGCGAGAUGAGGGAGGGCAGGAGAGGUUUAGGGUGAGGGUCUUGUUCCAGGAAAAAGAAUAUAUCAGUACCCAAGGGACCUGCAUCAUCCUGCAUGCUUUCAAGGAGACGGAGCAGCACAAAGCUUCCUGUGUCACACAGCCUCCUCUAGGAUUGUGUGUGGUUACCCUGACACUGCCCAGUGACUGGUUUAAAGACCAAUCCCAACAUAUUAACCAAUCACGUCAAGAUCUGGACCAGUGGCAUAAAAACGUCCACCGUAAUCGCAAGGUAACGACCCGGGACCGUGGCCACCACCAUCGUCGUCGUGGUGACCUCCUCAAGCAUCAGCAUGCGAUGUCGUCUUCGCUCAGAUCAAAAUCAAAUGUUGAUGACAACUCUCAUAUGGAUGCUCCACGGGCCCUCAGAUAUCAACGGGGCCCAAUGCAAAACCAAAUUCAGCUUUACUACUCUUCCUUCCACCUGCUGGAUGACCUUAAGCCGACACAAGGACGAUGUUCGGAGGACAGUAUGGCUCAGUCCCAGAGCCAGCUGUUUUAUAUCAGAGCAGUGACAGUGAAGGAGCAGAAGACAAGGAACCAGGGGCAAGACCAGGACAGGACUGAGAAAGAAAACUGUUUAAAUGGGCAGCAAGAGGACGAGCUUAUAGUGGACUCUCAUGUUGUAAUUCGCUACCACAGGGGGCCCGUCCUGAUAGGCCAGCCAAUCAGAGUGUCCAUCAAUCUCAGAGCAAACUUCAGCGCUGACUUUGUCAUCAUCAGGAUGAAGGUAAAGAAAGGCUUGGUGUCGAUGGCGGCCCAGAGAACCUUUACCUCUGACCUCUGGACGGUCACCUUGGAGAGAAGCCAAGGCUUCAAACAUGAUGUGAUGUCAAUCUUCUGCCACAAACAGAUCACAGCGAAGACAGAUCACAAUUUCUCUCUCCUCCAGCAGGUGGUCUGUCUAUCAAUUGACGGCCUGAGGCGGAGCUUCGGUGUUGCCAUGACGGUGUCUGCUAACUGGUGGGUGGAGUACUCUGGGCACAGCAAACACUAUGGAACAGCAGUCAGCCUCUACUCUUUCGUUGAUAGACACAUCUUUGGCAUUGUUCCCACCACGGAGAGUAAAAUGAUCAUCAACACAGCCAUACUGACCAACCAGCCGGUGUCCAUACCUGUCACUGUGCUCGCCAUAAGCCACGAUGAGAAGGUUUCAGAUGUUACUUCUGCAGUCACAUGUCACUCUGCCAGCGAGAACACCAUCAAGGUCUCCAGUGAUUGCUCCAUACUCUUUGUGGACGGCAGUGAAUCAGGGUUGGGCAGCACAUGUGCCAUGGUGGAGUUUCAACUGGGCGUGCUCAGUGGGUCUGUGUGUCUGGAGGUAUGGGCUCCGUCUGUGCCCCUGCAAGUGUUGUUGGCAGACCCCGUUCUUGAUGCCAUUGAUGGUUGGAACCUCUUCACAGAAGAAGGGUGUGUGCCAGUUUAUCAGCGCUCCUCAGUCCAGAUUCUGACCCAGUUCACAGCACAGGACUCUCUGGGCAGAACUAAGCAUCUCCUCGGCUCGUCAGACUGGUUUGUGGAUGUGACAGAGUUGGUCCAUAACUGGCUGAGAAUAGAAGAUCCCAAAGUGGCUUCGCUUGGUCCACAGAACAUCCUAAUUGGUUUGAGGCCUGGAAAAACAUCACUGCAUGUUGUUUCUGAGCAGUGGGACGGUGUGCUGGGACGAUGUGAGGUCACUGUGACCUCUGAUGCAGUCACCCCUGGUGAUCUAUCGGUGCAGGUGGUCAGCGGCCUCGGCAUGUCAGUUACAGCCAACCCCGGCCACCCCGCCAUCGUCACAACAACGGUGACCGCCUACAACAUCCUGUACAACCUUCACCAGGAAGCGUCCAUCAGCGUCUGGCUCCAGUUCAGUGAUGAUACUGCUUCUCUCCUCUCCAGCUACAGCGAUCUUCCAUUUUUCAUGCGUCUCUCAUCUUUGGCUGAAACUGUGGUCAUGGUAACAUCCAGUCCUGAGCAGCAAAUUUAUGCCCAAGGUGAUGGAGGUGGGCCUCUAGUGCAAGCAGAACUUCUGGUUUCUACCUGUGACGACCAGCUGAUUUCCUCCAACUCCAUCAGUGACAACAAGCUGCCUUUUAGUGCCUUGUCCAACAGAGGAGGAGCAUCUAGGAGGCUGGCGAGAGGGUCUGGGUGGGUUCGUGUAAACCUCGACCUGGGCUUUGCACGGCCAGUAGGGAAGAAGAAUGAGGAGGAUGAGGAGUUUGAGUUUGUCAUUUCAGAUAUGCUGUUUGGAGCUGACAAUGACAUGUACGUAUCAAACGAGGACGAAAGUGGAAACAUGAGCUCUGGAAGUAUCAACUAUGAGAAAGUCAAGGGAGAGACGGCUAACAGGAGGUGGAACAAGGACAACAGCCAAUGGAUCGUUGGUGGUAACACUCUGGAAAGAGCUGUGCUGCUUCCCAGUAUGGAGGAAGGAACUGUGUACUUCUCCCCCAGCCAUGAGGUCGAAGGAGAGAGGAGGGAAGAGGAGGAAAAAGAUGGGCUUGGUGCUCCAGAGUUCGAGGUUGGCCUCGGUGCUAUCCUCUCUCUGUUCUGUCUCUCAGCUGUCCUUUUCCUGGUAAACUGUCUGCCCUGUGCCCUGAGAGACAGAAGGAGGUCCAGAACCAAGACGGAGACCACCAGAGAUCUGGAGGACAGAGAUCCUGAGGGAGGAGAUCCUGAGGGUGGAGAUCCUGUGGCUGGAGCUCCUGAGGGUGGAGAUCCUGUGGCUGGAGAUCCUGAGGCUGGAGAUCCUGAGGACGGCGAUCCUGACGAUGGCGAUCCUGAGGCUGGAGAUCCUGAGGCUGGAGAUCCUGAGGACGGCGAUCCUGACGAUGGCGAUCCUGAGGCUGGAGAUCCUGAGGCUGGAGAUCCUGAGGACGGAGAUCCUGACGAUGGUGAUCCUGAGGCUGGAGGUCUGGAGGACGGAAAUCCGGAGGAAGGAGAUCCUGAAGAUAAAGCUACAGAAAAUCAAGACAACAGGGGAGAGAAAGAGGAGGAGCACUGUGAGAGGAAGAUCACAGAGAGUGAAUACGAGCUGAAGGAGACUCAGCCAGAAAAUGAUGCAGGUGAUGAAAAACAAGAAGAAAUCAUUUGCUGA